AUGCAACCGGUGGGAGGCCGGGCCGGCUGGGGCUGGGGUUCGGGCCGUUUCUCGGCGGGCCCCUGGCGGCGAGCGCGGACGGCCCGGAGGCGGCGGCUCUGAGCUGGCAGGCGGAGGGUUGUCUCCCGCGCCCGCCUGCCCGGCGCGGUCCGAGGAUGCGGGGGGGCGAUGCCCGGGGCCAGGGACGCGCUCUGUCACCGGGCGCUGCAGCUACUGACCGAGCUCUGUGCCCGUGGGGCCCUGGAGCACGAGAGCUGCCAGGAUUUCAGCUACCACCUGCGGGACCGCGCCAGACCCCGGCUCCGCGACCCAGAUAUCUCAGUGAGCCUGCUGACCCUUGUGGUCACUGCCUGUGGCCUCGCUCUCUUUGGUGUGUCUCUCUUCGUGUCUUGGAAACUCUGCUGGGUUCCGUGGCGAGAACGAGGCCUGUUCUCUGGUAGCAAAGACAACAACCAGGAGCCUCUUAACUACACGGACACAGAGACCAAUGAGCAGGAGAACAGUGAGGGCUGCCUAGACCCUCCCAGCCCCUGCCCUGACUCCUCCAUGAAGAUCAGCCACACCUCCCCCGACAUUCCCCUCUCCACCCAGGCGGGGGCCCCGAACUGUGCCCGCGGCGUCCGCGUGAAGCGCCAAGUCACAGAGCCAACCACGUCGACUCGGCAUAAUUCAAUCCGAAGACAACUCAACCUGUCAAACCCGGACUUCAAUAUCCAGCAGCUGCAAAAACAGGAACAGCUGGCCGGAAUCGGUCGCAUUAAACCAGAGUUAUACAAGCAGAGGUCACUGGAUAAUGAUGAUGGGAGAAGGAGUAACAGCAAAGCCUGUGGAAAGCUGAACUUUAUUUUGAAAUAUGACUGUGACUUAGAGCAGCUCAUCGUGAAGAUUCACAAAGCUGUCAAUUUGCCCGCCAAGGACUUUUCUGGAACUUCAGAUCCUUAUGUCAAGAUCUAUUUGCUUCCCGAUCGGAAAACAAAACACCAGACAAAAGUCCACAGGAAGACCCUGAACCCUGUGUUUGAUGAAGUGUUUCUGUUUCCAGUUCCCUACAAUGACCUUGAAGCGCGGAAGCUGCACUUCUCUGUGUACGACUUUGACAGGUUCUCUCGCCAUGACUUAAUUGGCCAGGUGGUGGUGGAUCACUUCUUAGACUUGGCUGAUUUCCCCAGGGAAUGCAUCCUUUGGAAGGACAUCGAAUAUGUCACCAAUGACAACGUGGAUCUGGGAGAGCUGAUGUUUUCCCUCUGCUAUCUCCCGACGGCUGGCAGGCUGACCAUCACCAUUAUCAAAGCAAGGAACUUAAAGGCAAUGGACAUAACAGGAGCAUCAGAUCCCUACGUCAAAGUCUCCAUGAUGUGUGAUGGCAGACGGCUGAAGAAGAGGAAAACAUCCACCAAGAGGAACACCCUGAAUCCUGUUUACAAUGAAGCCAUAGUCUUUGAUGUCCCUCCAGAGAGCAUUGACCAAAUCCACCUGUCCAUAGCGGUCAUGGACUACGACCGUAUAGGUCACAAUGAGGUCAUCGGCGUGUGUCAAGUAGGCAACCAAGCGGAGAGGCUGGGCAGAGACCACUGGAGCGAGAUGUUGUCAUACCCUCGGAAGCCCAUUGCGCACUGGCAUUCCCUGGUGGAGAAACGAUGACUGUGGUAAGAGGACUGCUUUGCCAAGGACACAGUAGGACAACCAUCUUACAAAGAUUUUGCAUAAC